UCGCGAAUACCUACUCGUGAGCGCAGCAUCGUUGCAAUAAUGGAUUACCUUACGGCUGAUAUAGUGUUCGUGUUCAUACUGCCGCAGCUUCUCUUCUGGGCCAUUGCUCUCACUUGCUACAUUUACCGACGCUACAGACCAGUGGACGUGAUAAAGAGCAAAAAGAUCGCCAAAACAAUGACGAGUCCGCCGCUCGGAGAACCUCCCUUCGCCUCCACCGCGAAAGUGGCGACUCCGAAGUUCACGCCCUUCGGAACCGCCAAGCCCGAAAAGUACAGGAGGGUGAGUUCCUUCUCUCCGUUCGGCGACGUCACCCCGAGGGCCUACGGAGGAGAGCCUUCGCCCAAAGCUGACGACUUGUGCUCCGCCCUGGAGGAAAUCCUAGCCAUGAGCACCACCCUGUACUCUUCGCCCACCUGCAACACGCCCAAGUGCCUCUCGUUCACGGCGAGGGAUGACCUCGACAUCGAAAUGUCUCGGAAGAAGAAUAAGAGGCUGAAACUAACGCUGGACGACCUCCUCCCCGUCGAGUACCCGUCCACGCUGGAGCUUUCGCCGCACCUGUCUCCGCUGUCGUCGCCCCCGCUGUCCGCCUCGCAGGCGCUGGAGCAGAGGUGGAAGAGCGUCGGCCGCGGCGUCUUCGCCAAGUUCGGGAGCCUCGAUUCCGUUGUGUGAAGAAGCUCCUUUCGGUUAUGUUCCGUACUCAACCGAUUUUUAGUGUCCCUUGCGAUAUUUCCUCGGAGAUUGCUUUGAACGAUUUGAGUUACGUGUUUUUCUUUUUUGACCAAAGUAUUACAUCUCACCAGUGCUAAUAAUUGUUCGUAAUUGCGAAUGGAACUACACUUUUGAUAAACAUUAAUCCUCAGAUAUACUAACAUUUUAUACUCCUAUGUAAACAUUUACAUAAGCGACCUCCAUACAGAUAUAGAAAUGUUUUAUUUGAACAAGAGCGCGUAAACGGCAGCAAGUUGCAAGGAUCCUCCGGCAACGCACGACCAUCGAGAUGCCAACGCCCGCAGCCGUCAGUCUGUUCGGCACCACUCCAAGUACGCAGCCAGCAAUCCUUCUUCGACGGAAAGAGGACUGUGGCCCCGACACUUUGUUCCAAGACUUCUUACUCUUAUCGUAUUUGUAUACAAGUUCCUGAUACAAAGAUUAUUUGAGAUUGUGCCUGGAUCCCACUAAAACUAAUGAUGUCGACGGGUCCCAGUCUGCUGGUGGAUGUUGCGUGGGUCAAUAAGAGCCAACUUGAAUGGCGUAUCUAUUCUAUACAUUUGGUAUAUUCUUUAUCGAAUAUUGCUUGUUAUUGUGUGUGUUCUUUACUUUGAAAUGUUCAGUCUUCAUUUUUACAAGUUUAUGUAUAUGCGACAUAUGAGCAUUAUCAAACAGUAGGCCAUUUUACCAUCACCCCUGUACCCAAGUCCAGCAUCAGGAAAUGCUGUUAAAUCUCACAGCCACGUUUCUCUCCCCUAAUCUCGGGAGACAAGGUGCCUGGCCUUCCUCGCUGUGACUGCGGUGAGUGAGCUCCUGUUGUUGCAGUGUAAAAGCUUCCAUGAGAGCCCUCCCCCCCCCCCCCCCCCACUCACCCAGUUCCAAAGCUACUCAGCUGAUAGUCAUUCAGUUGUUAGUAUUGGUAAGCGUUCAUUUCUUAUUGUGCUCAUUUCUACUUUGUGAUGGAUUACACGUGUUUACUACUUUGUCAGCUAAAUUAUUCGUAGCUAGAGCGCUUGAAAAAUGCUUAGACAGGUUGCGUAGAAUAAAUGCGAAAUGUGUGUUGCCUUUUUUUUUCAAGUCUGUUUCUUGUAAAGAUUGGUAUAUGCAUUAAUGUUAGGAUAACCGACUGUAUGUUACGGCAAAUGUUAUUUUCUUUGUUACUGUUAUCAUUGCUAUUACUGUUGUACUUAUUUUAUUUAUUCGUGUUUUAACUUACCACUAAAAGUAAGCUAGUCAGACUGUAUCUUACGAGGUAUUACUCAAUAAACCUAUAAAGUAU